CACUCGGCAAUAAUUUGGACAAACCCAAGGCAGAUUCUACUGCAAAAGAAGAACCAGAAGCACCAGAGGAAAACUCCAGCAAUGACUAUUCACUCAAUAAUAAUUUGGACAAACCCAAGGCAGAUGCUACUGCAGAAGAAGAACCAGAAGCACCAGAGGAAAACUCCACCACUCACUGCAAAGAAGACAUAUCCACCUUUUCCACAACCUCAGUAUUGAUGCCACUGGAUUCACUCAACACAGCAUCAUCAGCAGAUUCACUCAGUGAAAUUCUGGACAAACACAAGGCAGAUGCUACUGCAGUAGUAGAACCAAAAGCACCAGAGGAAAACCCCAGCACUGACUAUUCAUUCAGCAAUAAUUUGGACAAACCCAAGGCAGAUGCUACUGCAGGAGGAGAACCAGAAGCACCAGAGGAAAACUCCACCACUGACUAUGAAGAAGACACAUCCACCUUAGCCAAAGCCUCAGCACUGGUGCCACUGGAUUCAAGCCAGACUGCACAAUCAGCAGGGAUCAUGCAGAAACUCCUGGAAGCCUUGGGCUUGGAGGAGUACUAUAAUGAGAAGCUCACUCUCAGCACAGUUCUGCAGAUUGGCAAGGACAGUGUCUCAGAUGUGCCUGCCCAGUCCCUGUCUGAUCUGCCAUGGCUGUUCCUGAAGAGACUGAUGAUACUAAAAAGGACUGCGAGGAGUGUGAAGUGUUCCUCAUCAGAUAGGGCAGAUGAUUCAGAAUGGGAUGAUGAGGAGUCUAAUGAAUCUGACAGGCAUCUGUCAGUGAAUCCUUUAGACAUUCUGACUGCCUUGUUUCUUUGUUCUGACAGUUUUCUUCAGCAGGAAAUGACCUUGAAAAUGUCCAUGUGUCAGUUUUCUGUACCACUGUUGCUUCCUAACAGUGAUAAGAAUCAGAUCACACUUAUGCUUUGGGCAAUGAGAGAUAUUGUGAAGAAGUACAGACCGCACUCCUUGCAAGAUUCAAGUGGAUUUGUGCAAAAAAGGAUUGCUCUGUCAGAAUUACCUUUAGUGUCUUUUGUUAGACUUGGAAGAUGCAACAUUUCCAAAUCAGAAAUUCUGAAUAAGUUGCUCAGCAAUCCACAACAGUACACAGACACAUUUGUUCACUUUAACAUGGAUUGUGGUAAUAUCGAAAGAAAAAUAUCAAAUGGAUUGGUUGAGAUCAGCUGGUAUCUUCCUUGUGGUAACAAAAACAUUGACAUAUUUCCUGAGCCUGUCGCCAUUGCAAAUCUGAGAGGUGACAUACAAGACUUUAAAACACAAUACUCCUUUCUUUGCCAGGCUUCCACUGCAGUGUUUGUUUUCUUUGACAACAAACAUUUAAAUAUAGAGAAUAUUUCAGUCACCAGGCACAAAUCUGCACAUGAGUUGUUUUAUGUGGGAGAAUCCAACAAUGAGACCAUAAAAGCUACAGUCAAGAAGCUCAAUCUGAAGAAAAGCAAUUUCAUCUUUAAAGCCAAACAGAAUGAUACAGACUUUGUUGAAAAAAUUCGCACCAAGUUGCAAGAAGCUGUUGAGAAGAACAACCACAAAAUGUCAGUUUUUCGUUUAGUUGAGGUUGCACGAAUAUUGGGGAUCUUGGUGGAUGAGGAUGCUGAAGAAUGUCAAAGUGCUAAAGCAAGUGCAGAUGAAAUCGCAUCAAAAAUUAAAGAUAUAGUGCAGUUCAAGAAAAAUGAGCUGCCCUUACAGGGAGAUAUCUUGUUUCAACUGGCUAAGUUAGAGAAAGAGCAAUGCAGAUUAAAGAAAGCAGGAGAUCAGAGUAUUGAGAACUACAAAAAUGACCUUCAGAUGAAAAUGAAACAACUCAGAGAAAAGCAAUACAGAACUGAUAUGUCUGCUACUAUGUUCUGCUUUAUCAGUGCAAUAUCAAGCCCAAACAAAUUCUUCUUCUUAAAAUGGUUGAGGAUCUUGUUGGAGAAUCUCUCUCAUGAAGUCCUCCCUUCUCUCAGAGAACAGUACAAACAGAAAUGUCAAGAUGUUGUUGGCAACAAGGAGGCUAUCGCUGAACUUGACAAAAGGAUAUCAAACAGUUCUUUAGGAGUUGAACAUUUCAUUCGUGAGAUGAGCCAACUUUAUGAGGCCGUAGUCUCGCUCUCAGAGGAUUCACUUUACCAAAAACAACUGGAACACUUACCCAGACUCUGUGCAGAACUACUGUUGGAAGGAUUUCCUCUUGAACUUGUAGAUGGAGAUGCUUCAAAUGUCCCUGUUAAAUGGCUGACAAGUGUGCUGACUGAAUUAAACACAUUAGUGAAGCCGAAAAAUAAAAUUGGGGUUGUCACUGUUUUGGGAGUCCAGAGUUCAGGAAAGUCGACCCUGCUGAACACCAUGUUUGGAGUUCAGUUUGCUGUAAGCAGUGGCAGAUGUACCAGAGGCGCCUUUAUGCAACUUAUUAAAGUAACAGAUGAUUUCAAAGCAGAACUGAACAGUUGUGACUAUUUACUGAUAAUUGAUACUGAGGGGCUGAAAUCUGCUGAGCUUGCACAGCUAGACAACAGCUAUGAACAUGACAAUGAGUUGGCAACUCUUGUUGUUGGACUGAGUGAUAUCACAAUUGUCAACAUCACCAUGGAGAACUCCACUGAGAUGAAAGACAUCUUACAGAUUGUCGUUCAUGCUUUCCUCAGGAUGAAAGAAAUCGGUAAAAAGCACAGAUGUUUGUUUGUACACCAGAAUGUUGCAGAUGUCUCAGCCCAUGACUCAAAUAUCAGAGAUCGUAAAUUUCUGAUGGAUCAACUAAAUGAAAUGACACAAGCUGCUGCCAAAAUGGAGAACAAGUUAAAUUUCAAGAAAUUUACAGAUGUAAUGGAGUAUAACACUGAGACUGAUGACCACUAUAUCCCAGGACUGUGGCAUGGAAACCCCCCAAUGGCACCAGUAAAUACCGGCUAUAGUGAGUCUGUUUUUGCUCUCAAAAAACAAAUAAUGAAGAUCUUUGAAUGUCACAGGCAUGGCAACAUUGAUGAAUUUCUUAAAUGGACCAAAAGUUUGUGGACUGCUGUGAAAUAUGAAAAAUUCAUCUUUAGCUUUAGAAAUAGCCUGGUGGCUGAUGCCUACAUGAAACUGUGCACAGAGUACAACAGAUGGGAGUGGACAUUGAGAAAAAAAAUGCACACAUGGGCAUUAGAAGCUGAAACAAAAAUCCUGAACCAUGGAAAAUUUGACAUCUCUGAGCUCACAGUUGACGACUUAAAGUGUCAUUUGCAACUAGAAGCAGACACUGAGCUUUCAGAAGGAGAAAAGGAAAUUAUUGGCAAGAUCACAUCAUACUAUGACCAAGGAGAGGGUCAUGUUGAACUUGUGGAGAGUUUUCGUCAAGAUUUUAUAAGCUCUGCCGAAUCUCUAAAGAAAGAACUUUCAAAUUCAAUCACAAGCAAACUGAACACAGCUCUUUCACGUCGAAAUGGAAUGAUGAAGGUGGAGGGAAUUAAAAAGACAUACAUGGAUACAAUGGAGGAAAGAGUGCUGGAUUUGCUUAAAGAUUGCCGUGAAACCAAGUCACACAUGUCAGAUGCUGAACUGCAUGAAGCAUUUGAAAAAAUGUGGCAGGAGACGACCAAGACACUGCCACUGUCAGGUCAAAAAUCACAAAAUAUCACGACAAGAGUUUUACAUCAACUGAGAAAAAAUCUUGAACCUAGAGGAAGUUCAAUGGCUCAAAACUUAGACAAAGCAAAACCUUUAAAUACAUAUGGAAAUGAAACCUUUGUUGUCUCCAACCGUUACAGUAACAGUUUCAUAAAUAUUUUUACCAACUUCCUCAGUCUAAAUACAUGGAAAAUGGAUGCUCAACAGAUGACAGACACCCUUAUCAGAGAUUGUGAGCUAUUUGUUGAAGAGAAGAAGAGAAGUAAGGAUGAUUAUGAUGACACAUACAUCGGGGAACUUCUUAACAGGAUUGAUGACAAACUUAAGGCUCAUGAAGAUCUUAAGUUAAAUGAAGAAUUUGAACUGAACCUUAAACUUCACAUAUGUGGCAUUGCAAGCAGAGCAUUUCAAGAGAUUCACAAUCAAUUCAUCCUGGACAACUGCCCUCAUAAAGCCUUGGAAAAGCACAAAGAAAGAUACUGUACUGACUUCAUAGACCUUUUUCAUGAGCGAGAUCAGUGUCAGAAGAAAGGUGAGGAAUUCACAACAAACUGCCUAAAACCUGCCUUAGAAAAAUACAUUUCUGAGGUCUUGGGCACAGAAAUGGCAGACGCAAUGUUGCAUGGUGAAAAUUCAAAAGUUUUUGGAUCACGGACAACAUUUCAGAAUUCACUUUUGAAAGAACUUCUUGGUGAAUUACAGUUUAAAACAUAUUUGCGUUGUAUUUUGUCUUAUGAAGAAUUUGUUAAAAACUUUAUUCUUAUGAAGAUCAUAAAACACUUCUCAGCAGAAAACAGAAUGUUCAAAUUAGAGGAAGAUCUCUUGGAUGAAGUCACCAGUGAAAUAACUCAGGCCAUUGAAGACACAGAGGAACAUCCAGAGAAAUAUCAAGACAUGAAGGGAUUCAUCCAGAAUAUUUGUGAGAAACUUAAUCGUAGGUUUGUUUUUCCCAAAGAUGAAGUGGACAGGAUCAGUUCGUUGACCAACAUAAAUACAAAAAAAUUUGCUGAAUGUCUUAAAUGCUCUGUGAAGGACAUGAAUGUGUCAAUGAAAGAAAGUUUCCAGGGAGACAUUCAAAGGAAGGUGAAGUUUCUACUAACCAAACCGCAGGAUGUGCUGUUCAAGCGAGUACACGGCUGUGGGAAACAGUGUCCAUUCUGUAAAGCACCAUGUGAGGCUGGAGGAGAGGCCCACACCAAACAUUUUGUCUCAAUACACAGACCAGACGGUCUCGGCCGGUGCCAAUAUGAAAAUUCCAAAAAAUUAAAGACUGACAUCUGCACAUCACUGGUGCAUAGCGACAAGCGUUUUAGGUGUAUACACACCAAUGAUCAGUGGCGUCCAUAUAAGAAGUAUGAUGAGAUCUACCCUGACUGGCAAAUUGAUCCUGACCCCAGCAUAGAUGCCUCAGCCUACUGGAAAUACGUGAUGUCACACUUCAAUAUACAGUUUGCUGAGAAGUACAAUGCACAGCCUGCAGAUAUACCACCAACCUGGGAAAAGAUUACUAAGUCCCAGGCAGAAGAAAGUUUAAAGUAAACCUUAAAUAACUACUGGUUCUUUGGUCAUUGUUUAAAAUAGUUGAGUACAUCAUAGUCAACAUAGUAAGAAAACCGUUUAGCUUGACCUAUUAAUAUCUAAAUAGUCCUAAAAUAGUCAUCAACCAUUAAACAGAAAUAAAAAACACAAUCUCUCUUGGUUUUAGUAUUGCAUGUAGUUAUUCAUUCAUUGUAAAAUAAAAGUGAUAUCACAUACUAUUGUAUUUAGUGGCGGUCGGUGACUUCUUUUGUCAAGGGCGCACGAUGCGAAGUUCGUCACAACAUGUAUGUAGCCCGUAAUGUGUGUGGUUUAUAAUUUCAAAAUAUGUGUUCGGCGCAUCGAGUGAACCUAUGUGCUACACGUGUCUUGUCAAAAUAAGUGCCUGCUGCAGACGCGUCUAAAGGGUUUAUGAUAAAAGAGCUGUCUCAUUUGCGAGAUACUCGCAUAAUCACAUGUGUAAUAAGAGCUUACAGUUAAGGGAAUGUCUUGCGUGUAUUUUGUGAACGUGAGCGUCUCUUUUAUCAUAAAUGGUUUUGGCGCGUGUGCAGCAUGCACUUAUUUUGACAAAACAAGUGAUGCACAUGGUUCACAUGACGCAACAAACUUUGCGCCCCUCGGAAGAGCACUCACGAGCCACCACUGCCUAUAUUAGUACCUCAGGUCACAUACUCUUAUAUUAGUACCUAAGGUUUACUUAUGACCACUUAUAACUCUUAAUACUGUAUACCCUUAUUGUGUCUGUUACUGUCACUUAAUUGUAUGUAAUGCCCUGUUCGUGUGUUCCACCUAUGGUCACCGAAGUCACAUAAAAUCUCACUGCCCACGUACGUCUAUGACUGUAUAUGUCUUGUUAUUGUCACUGGUUGUCUAAGCCUCAUCUUAAGCAUUUCAAUGCCCAAUUUUCCCCAGUGUUAACUAUGCAAAUGAUAAAUAAAUGCUUCCUGACUAUUGACUUGACAUGAAAUUAAGAACUCUGGAAACACAAUGAUUAAUAUAUGCAUGUUAUCUUGUAUGCAUUUAAAAUGUAAACUUCUUACUAAAAUAAAGUUGCAUGUUGCAUAUGACAGAAUUCUUUAUUCUGUGUAAGAUUUCUUUCUUUCUUCUUGUUCUUCUUCGUUUAUUUCUUUACGCCAUUCCAGCAUCUACAGCUAUAUUAAUGGCAAGAACCAGUUAAUCCAUACACAAGUUUUAUUCAGAU